AUGAAAAGGGGCGUGGACAAAGGCCGCCAGGGCCGCUCCCCCCGCGGCCCGGGCCCCGCGGAUAAACCCCUGCGGCCCUGGAAUCUGCAUAAUGCCACGCAGAAGCCCCACAGCGCCACCAGGCGGCCGGCUCCCGCACGACGGGUCUUCGCCCGCACGGCGAAUCCCAGCGGUGGAUUUAAACCACGUUGCCAUUGGCGACCGAGCAACGGACACUUGGAAGAACCUGUAAAGCGAAAAGAAAACGACGUGUUUUGCAAAACUAAAAAAAAAACUCGUUAUGGCGACUCCACCGACGAAUGCGGGACACGUGGGCGAGGUGGGGGACAGCAUGGCGGAGCAUACGGACGGCCCUUGGCAGUCACUGGGGACACUUUGCUGCCUUCUACGGAGGGAGCAAAGGAGACUGGGAUGCUGAGAUCCAGAAUAGAUGAACAGUCCAGUCUGAUUGUCAUGUUGAAACAGAGAGCAGACGAGGUGCUUCUUAGGAGUCAAGCCCUGCAAGCACUCAACGCAGACCUGGAGGGACGAGUGGCCGAACACCACAAAGAACUCGACGGUGAAAGAAAGAGAGGAGAGCUGUUGGAGAAGAGGUUUAUGGAUUUAGCUGCCAACAAUCAGGCAAUUAUUGCUUUCAUGAAUGACCACAAAGAGCAGAACUGCAAGUUGAAGAUGGAAAACAAACAGCUGCAGUUGGAAAAUGAAACUCUUUUCUCACAGAAAUUACAUGAUAAAGAACUGCUUGUUCAAAAACUGAAGCAAGAAAUCAAAAAGCUGACAGAGAAACAGACAAAUAAGGAAAAUGAAUAUCGGUUUUACGUCCCUGACCUUUGCCUCAGGUUUGAACGGGAAGCAGAAGCCGUCAAUGCAGAUGUUAAAGUGAAGUCGAUCCAGUCUGCACUGGAUACAUCGGCGUCAAAAUAUAGAAAGCUGGAAGAGGAUUUUGAAGCAUUCAAAGAUCACAGCACCAGCCUUCUUCUACAAGAAAGGGAGUUAAAUAAGAAGCUUCGCCACAUGAUGGUCUGAACGAUAUCAAUAUGAAAGAGCGUUUUCAUUAAAUAUUUCAUGUAUUUGCUCAUUUGAUGAAAAUAAUGAAAAACUGUGGCAAAAACAUUUAAAAAAAAAUCUAAAUUAACUUUUCAAAUGAUUAUCCAAUAAAUCCCUUCAUAC